CGGCAGGAUAAAUCUCAUGUCGUAAUUCUGUAUGCAAGAGCGAUUUCACCGCCCUUGAUGGAUUAUUAUGUCUCAUAUCUUUGGAGCAGACUAAUAUUACAAGAAACACUUGGGCACUGUAAGCCCCAUUUCUAUCCCGAGCGUCAACGUUAAAUGCUCACUUAAGACAAAUGCAAUGACGAGAAAAGGAGAUCGGGCUUUCUACAAAAGAAAGUAGCGUACGCAGGCUUGUCCCUCAGCCAUUCUCAAGGAGGGAACCAAAAUAGACAGCGCGGUGUUUGGGAUGGUCUCUUUUCACCGGUCAAAGGAAAACGUAACGACCUUUUUAUUUUUGUUGACAUUUUCAAGAAUCUACACAGGUUAGUUGGACUUCUUUGGAUCCCAAAAGUGUUUUAAAUUGUUAACAGGUCGAGUAUGGGUGAGACAAAGAGCUCUACCCAUCGACUGUUAUUCUGGGGCACCGCAUAGCUCACGAGAGUGCUGCGUGAGAACGACCCGCGCUCUGGACAAUAUCUGGUUUCACAUAUCCCAGGAACAAAUAUGGUGCGUCUUUCAAUUUAUUUCCCGACUCCCUGGACAUCCAGAGAAAUGCCUGACAGUUGUAGGUGACACUGAUACAUUUAUUUGAACGAUUUUGGGAUGAGUAAGUGGCGCGCGCAUCUCUCGCAUGAGCGCAGGUGGACCCAGUGAAGAGGCGCUAUAGCAAACGAAAAGAAAAAGCGAAAAACCCAGCGAUAUAUUCAGUUGAAUAUUUUGUAAGACACUUCUGUGGUUUUGAGGGGUUUAUUCUUAUCCCGUUCGUCCAUUUCCAACUGUAAAUAGGCAUGUGUGGAAUAAAGCUGAUCUUCUGAGGAGCAGAGUAUUAACGGGGGGAUUUUUCUCUGGACUACCAAGUUAAUCAAUUUACACAUCACUUUCACUUGAAGCCCCAUUGCCGUGUGGAUAUUAAUCGUAGCCUACUAUCGAUUCCCGUCGAGAGAAAGAAUGCCUGAGGACCUCUCCGCGGCCAAAGCCUUCUACAUGGGCAUGGAGGUGGUGAUCGCCGUGUCAUCCGUGAUAGGAAACGUGAUGGUGGUUUGGGCGGUAAAAAUUAAUAGAUCACUUAGAGAUACUACGUUUUGCUUCAUUGUUUCUCUGGCGCUCGCGGACAUUGCAGUAGGAGCGCUGGUCAUACCACUGGCGAUAACUAUAAGUAUCGGAUUCCAGACUCACUUCUACAGCUGUCUGCUGGUGGCGUGCACGGUGCUGGUUCUGACCCAAAGUUCCAUCCUCGCCUUGCUCGCUAUAGCCAUCGACCGAUACCUGAGGGUCAAGAUCCCAACCAGUUAUAAGCGAGUGGUCACUCCCAAACGAGCUGGAAUUGCAGUAUUCAUGUGUUGGACAGUGGCCUUUAUAGUCGGCUUGACUCCCAUGCUUGGCUGGAACAAUUUACACAACCUGCAACAUAAUGACAACGGCUCAAUCGACCUUGACCUCAUCGUCACCUGCCAGUUUGAGAACGUCAUCAGCAUGGAGUACAUGGUCUACUUCAACUUUUUCAGUUGGGUGCUUCCCCCUCUGCUUUUCAUGCUCAUCAUUUACUCUGAAAUCUUCUACAUGAUCCACAAGCAGCUAAAUACGAAGGUGUCCUGCCACUCUGAACCAAAUAAGUAUUACGACAAAGAACUGAAGCUGGCAAAGUCUCUGGCGCUAGUCCUUUUCUUGUUCGCUGUUAGCUGGCUUCCUCUCCACAUUAUGAACUGCAUCACACUCUUCUGUCCGAACUGUAAAAAACCCAUGUUUCUCAUUUAUAUUGCAAUUCUGCUGUCGCAUGGCAAUUCUGCUGUCAACCCUAUUGUUUAUGCUUUCCGCAUCAACAAAUUUCGUACUGCGUUUCAUAGGAUCUGGAAGCAGUACUUCUGCUGCAAGGAGGCUCCUCCCCCUGAGAGCCAGCCAAGUGAGAGACUGGAUAACAACCACUACAUCGCUGCCACCAUCGCUUUGGAACAUAGUGUCUGACUGGCAUCCCAGGAUUCUCUAAGGAGGUCGAAUAGCUUCUGCUGGCUGGACGUCCAAAGCUGUCACGUCCUGGUUUGUCUCUUUUGAAUGUAAAUCAGAGCUCACCACAGACUCUUGGAUUACUGAGACAGCAUUACUUUAAAAAGCACUGAAUGAGUCAAAAUCAUUUUGAAGACGUGGGGAAACCACAGGUAUACGUAUCCACCCAGACUGACCCAAAGACGGAAUCCAGUUGGUGGGCGGAGGUAUAAUUUGUGUAGGUGUUGUAAUUGCGCUUCUGCAAAGUUCACUAAAUUUAUCAGGAUUUCAUUUCAAUUUUAGUCUAUCUCCGUGUUCAAUCUGACUCAAAUUUAAAGUGGUCAUUAAAUUUAGGUGACAUUUCUUAUGAAAAACUGAUCACAAACAUUGAUUGUUCAUUUUUUAUUAUUUCGAUAUUUGAUUAUUCUGGAAAUCCCAUACUUUCAAUUAUUAAUUCAUUAAUGACCUGUAAUAGCUUAGUAAUUCACGGUGAACACACUUCACAGCCUGGCCAAUUUUGUUCUUAGUCAGAACAUGGCCAUUAAAUACUUUUAAGCACAUAACAAAAAGUGUAAUUUUUUCUUUAUAAUCAUGAAAACUAUAACUUGUUAAAUCAGUGACGGUCAGAAAUGGAUGAGUCAAGGGGCAGAUCUUCUCUUCAGAUUAGAAAGUUUAUCGUUUUCUUGCAUGGUUUCGGUUUUGUGGGAGUUCUUGACAUUUGGUUUCAGGAAGAGAUCAUUUUGCCUCUUACACAGUAAAUCUAACUUUAUUAAUCAGCCUUGACAGAUGUUUUUAAAUCAAAUUAGUUUACUAGUACUUGCAAUUAAAUUAUAAAAACAUAAGGUAUAAUGCACACAAUUGUG